GGCGGACUAUUGGGUAUCACAGAAAAAGCAUUGGUGUCAAUAUUGUCGCAUUUAUAUUGCAGAUAAUAAACCCAGUCGGUCUAUGCAUGAACAAGGAAAAAAACAUAAAGAUAAUAUGGAAAAAUUUUUGAGAAAUAUUUAUCGUAAAGAAGAAGCAGACAAAAAAGAACAAGAUAAAGUUAAACAAGAGUUAAAAAGAAUUGAACAGGCUGCUAUGAAACAAUAUAAGAGAGACGUAGCAUUGGAAAAUCCGGGUGCUAAUAGUUUAUCAUCAUUCCCUCCACCUCCAAUAAUAAAUACAACUUAUAAUUUAUCAACUCAUUCUCAUAAAUCUUAUUAUGAUGUAUCAUCACAACAUGAAAUAGGAGAUGAAUCAACUGAAUCAGUUAUAGGGGAAUGGAGACCAAGUGGUGGAAAAAAAACUUUCAAUAGAUGA